GCUCGUCCACAUCGCGAUGACGCUCGACGCGCACUACCUCCGGGGCUCCAUGGCCGCCAUCUACUCGCUGCUCAAGCACGCCUCCUGCCCGGAGUCGCUCUUCUUCCGCUUCCUCGCCACCGACGGUGGCACCGCGCCCGGGGUGGGCGAGCUCCGGAGCGCGCUCGCCGCCUCCUUCCCGUCGCUGCGGUUCGAGAUCUACUCGUUCCGGGCUGACGCCAUCACGGGGCUCAUCUCCGCCUCGGUGCGCGCCGCGCUCGAGGCGCCGCUCAACUACGCCAGGAACUACCUCGCCGACCUGCUCCCCAAGUGCGUGCCGCGGGCCAUUUACCUCAACUCGGACGUGCUCGCCGUCGAUGACGUGCGCCGCCUGUGGGAGACGCGCCUGCCCGCCGCCGCCGUCGUCGCCGCCCCCGAGUACUGCCACGCCAACUUCUCCCGCUACUUCACCGACGCCUUCUGGUCCGACCCGGACCUCGGCGCGCGCGUCUUCGCGGGUCGCCGCCGCGCGCCCUGCUACUUCAACACCGGCGUCAUGGUCAUCGACCUCCGGUGCUGGCGCUCGGGGAACUACUGCCACCGUGUCGAGCAGUGGAUGGAGUUGCAGAAGGAGAAGCGAAUCUACGAGCUGUGGUCCUUGCCCCCUUUCUUGCCCCUCUUCGCCGGCGAGGUGGAGGUUGUCGACCAUCGGUGGAACCAGCACGGCUUGGGCGGCGACAACAUUCUUGGUAGCUGCCGCCCACUCCACAAGGGCCCUGUCAGCCUGAUGCACUGGUCAGGCAAGGGCAAGCCAUGGGAUCGCCUCGACGCCGGCAGGCCUUGCCCGCUACGUGUUCGAAGAAAUGACGAGGACGGACAGCUGGUGAAAUAG